CUCGAAAAUUCUUCUUUUAACCUUUUUUUUUUGUUCCAUUCCAUUCCCGCUAUCAAAUAUAGUGAGGUCCCACCCUCACUCCACCACUUCAUGUCACCGGUAGCAACCACCAAACCAUGAUCAGCCUCUACCUCACCCAACCCUCUUCAUGUUCUUCAUUUUCUUUCAAGCCUCCUCUCACGCCCUCUUCAAUUUCAAAGCUUAAACCCUUUCAUCUCCUUUCAAAAACCCAGAAAAAGGUGAAGAUUAAGAGAGGAAUAUGCAGGGCGAAGUUUUCGCCUGACGCACCCCUCUCUGCCGCAAUCGGCGCGUGUAUGCUGAGUUCUCUGCUUCUUCCCGUCGUCGAUACUAGGGAUGAAGAUGGUGGUGGUUCGGCUAUCGGAGCAGGGGAUACGAGGAUUGCGGUUAUGGGGAUUAUCAGCUUUAUCCCUUACUUCAAUUGGCUGAGCUGGGUUUUUGCUUGGCUUGAUACGGGGAAGCGUAGAUACGCCGUGUAAAUUGUGUACUUGGCUCCUUACCUCAGGUAUCGAUUUUAUCCGACU